GCUCCUCCUCCGGGUGGAAAUUCAUCCUUCAGGCUCAGCAGCGGACAUUUGUGUGGAGCUCCUCUGGAGUGGUGGACGCGGUAUUUGGAGCUCUUCUCCCGGCCAGCAGCAGCAGCAGCAGCGGCAGCCUCCUCUCCGGGCCCGGGUCUUAGCUGAACUGGGAAGACUGGAGCUCUGCUGGAGCUGGGCUUCUUCUGGUUUUUACGCAGCGCAUUUCCCCCGUCAGGAUUUCUCUGCCGUGUGUGUGUGACUCCGUUCUGGUGAUUUUUGUGGUUUAUCUUGCGGUGAAUGAGCUUCAGUGUGAAACUCCGGAGACAUCGUGUCGCCAGCCCGUCAGAGCGGCGGGAGGAGGAGAUUUGACACCGAGCAGCCAGCCUAUAUUUGUCCGCCGGAGGAGUGAGAGUGAGGAGGAAGGAGGAAAACCGAACUCUCCUGUCGCCAGCAAUCGCAACAGUCUGCAGAGGAAGAGGGAGGAUUUACCUCAGGACCCGACCGAGGAGGAGCUCUACGGUCAGUACAGCUCUGAAUAUCGCCUCUGCGUGGAUCUGCUAUGGAUUUGUUCGCUGUACUGUGGUUUGGUAUGAGGGUCUUCGUGGAUCUGAAUGCCAGUUUGAGGCUCGGUUUGCCAUGCUGUGGGUCUGUGUAGUUCUGUAUGCUGUGGCUGUGUGUGUUUGAGGCUCUGUUCGAAGCUCCUUGUGCUGAAGCUGUGGUUCUCUUUGAGGCUCGGUCGCUCUUCUCUCCUCUCCUCUCUGCGUGUUCGUGGACAGAGAUCGGGGGGCUGAGAGGAAAUAAACCCAGCAGCUCUGACUCUCUCUGUGUUUGCUCAAAUGUGAUUGUGCACACUCAAAGCAGCGUGUAACGGUGUGAAAACACAUCCGGGUCCACGGUCCUGGGCGGCUCGGUGCGUCUCAGUGCGCCGUGAUUCAGGCGGCGGCAGCGGCGGCGCAGCUCAGGGCGCAGGAUAUUUUUAGAGGAUCGCUGUGUUAUUAGCUCUCUGCUUGGCUACUUAUCCCCGCAACCGCCCUGCUACAUACCUCCCUGCACUCCUUUCCUUUCCUUGUCUCCUUCUGUUUCUCCCUUCUUCCUCGCGUGGACAGCUGAAGCCGCGUGGAGCCUCAUUCCUCUGAGUCCCCCCUGGCCUGAAACAAGAACAGGUGCAUUAGAGGAAGACUGACUGCGGUCCGAGAGAGAGAGGGAGAGAAUUUACACCCUGUGUGUGUGUGUGUGUGUGUGUGUGUGUGUGUGUGUGUGUGUGUGUGUGUGUGUGUGUGUGUGUGUGUGUGUGUGUCCGGGUUAUUUCAGGAGUCCUGUGGAGGACAGAGUCUCUCUCAGUCUCUGAAUGUGGACUCACACUCAGCUACACACCUCAGUGUUUGACAGACUGGUGUUUAGAGGCGCGUGCUGUUCUUGCUUGCAUGUGCGCGUGCAUAAUAAGACUCUAAAGUUGGUCUAAGUGUGUGUGAGUUUAUGUGUGAGUGUGUGAGUGAUUGUGGAAACGUGUCACAGAAGUCAUUAGAUCAGAAAAUCAUGAGCACUUGAAUACACACACCUGGUCUCGUGCCCCUCUGUGUGUGUGUGUGUGUGCGCGCGUGUGUGUGCGUGUGAAGGUGUAUCCUCCCCGCUAAAGGUGAAGCCUCGUGCUCAGGAGGAUGUGUUCGCCCACAUUUAUCGUGAUUCCACUCACGUCCGCUUUGCCAUGGAGACGUUAGACAGCCUGCCGAGGUCUGUGUGUCUCCUCUGACCGAGAAAGAGGGGGGAGAGAGAGAGAGGGGAGCUGAAAGUAGAGAUGGAGGGAUAGUAAAAAGCUGGUUGUUGAGCUCCAGAGUCAGUUUACCUGCUCAGAUAAUCUCAGUCUUUUCACACCUCAUUUAAUGAGUGUAUUUAUUCAGGACAAAGUACAUUAGCCAGCACUGAUCAGUGUGAGUUAAUGUAAAUAAGCAGGAAUCAGCACAAAAGUUGGAUUUCAUCUUUAAUCUUAAACCAGACACAUACAACAGAGUAAUGAUCUGACACUUUUAAAGUAAUUACAGUAUACUUUUAGCACCUUUUUAAGGACAGCUGUCACAGAGUGCCUCACAGCGUCAAAUUUAAAAGAUAAAACAACUAAAAAAAAGGAUAAAUUCACCUCACAGCACACACAAAAACACACACAGACAGGCCUAUGUUACAGAUGGACACAUACAUCACGUCACAACUGGACACUUGACAUUGUUUUUGACAUGUUACUAAAUUAUCCCCCAAAGAGUAAACUAGUUAACCAGGAGGUAAAGUGACCCUUAAACUAUUUCUGAGAUAUUAAAACUUAAAUAAAAGGACUUAAUCUUUAGUUUUUGCUCCAACUGCUUCCAGAGAUCUUUGUCAGUCAGUCUGAGUGUGUCUGAAUCCUUCAUCAUCAUUCCUCGUGUUCUCCUGACUGUAAAAAUGGCAGUACAAGGUUUCAGAGACACACCAAGCUACACUUAGCUUAAUCUCACAACAACACACUUUAUUUUUUUGUUUGUUUUGCUAAAAUAAUCGUAGAAACUGUGAGAUUCUUCCAAACAGUCACUGCAUGUUGUUCUUGUCAACAUAUUCUUACACCUUUUUUUGUUUUACAUUUAUUCUGGGGGUUUACACAUCCUGUAAAUCUGUACUCCACUCUCUCUGUCAUGUUCGUCUCUGCAGAUGAGGAUACCUGAGGACUCUGUCCACCGGUCUGCCUCUAAACUCUCUGUCAUUGUUUCCUCUCUGUCUCUACACUGCCCCCUACUGGUCUUUUCCACAUCGCACCACAUAUCCAUGUCACCAUGUCAAACCAACCAACACGUGGCAGCAUCAUGGCACAGUUUGGAUUAGGGUUAGCAUGGGGUUAACAGGAAAUGAACGUCUCCUGCUUUUAAAGUCAAGAUUGAUCAAAAUCUGAUCUCCGAGUUUGUUUUCUGAUUGUUUCCCCCUGUCAUAUCUAUACCCAAAAUAUCAACACAGAGCAGCUUGCAAAUAAAAUAAUAAAAAUGUCAAAGCAUGUGUAAUAAAUUCUGACGUAUUUCCAGUCCAGUGUUGUUUUUGAAGCUGAUUUAAUUUUAGAAAGUCGGCCAAAAAUCAGCAAAACGAUAAAACUUGAAGACCAAUUCAAUCGUAAAGUGCAAAUGACAUCAAUAAAAUCGAAAUAAAUGAGCAACAACUUUGUGGAGCUAAAAACCUACACACACACACACACACACACACACACAGGAAAAAAAGGUCUUUAUGGAGUGAAAUUCUGUCUCGAAAAUUUUAAAGGUCAUGACCAUGUUUGUUGAAAGUAGGCACAGCUUUACUUGCUGUUUUGAAUUAAAGUAGGCUCUGUGAUUGGCUGAACAACAUCCAAUCAAAAACCUCUGAACAUGUAGAAAUCCAAUGAGUUUAUAAAGGCCUGUCUGUAAAUGAACCUGUCCCUGUCCUUACCUCCCCCUGGUGCCCCCCCGGCAUACCUCUUCCCUCCUGUCCUGGUGCUGGUCUUAGCAGACCUGGCUCAGUUUUUUUUUCGGCCCUCACAGAGCUGUCCUCUUUGGCCCGUCUACAAUCAGGUUCUUAGAGACAGUCUGCUGCAGUCUGACCUUUAGCUCCUGGUCAGGAUUCAGCUCUUGUCUGCAGGCCUGAGCUCUGAUAGUGUGUGUGCAUGUGUGUGUGUUUAUGAGUGUGAAGUAUGAAGUAAAGAGUGUGUUUCUUCAUGAAGUCCCCCCCUCGUUUUAAACCCAUCUGUCCUGAUCCUCUCUCUGGAUCUCUCUUUAAUGGUCUUACUCCUCACUGACUCCCAGCAGCUCCUCCCUCAGCUCCUGUUGGACUGAAAGGACGGGCUAAACCCUAAAGGGCAGUUUGGAGGGGCUGAGUGGUCCCCCAGGGGCCGUUUCUCCUGAAUCCUGCACAGAGGGCCAAGAGGGCCGAAUAACUGAGCCUGACCGACGGACCUAAAUCAAUAAUCAGACCAGCCCACCCCCCAGCUCAGUUUUAGUUAGUUUUACUUUACUGUGCUCUGAUCAGACAUGUAUGCAGAGAGGAGCUGCAGCUGAGCACACACACUGUGUCUGUGUGCGUGCAUGCGUGUGUGUGUGUAAACAGACGUCCUGUUGUGUUUUGUAGACAUGCUGUCUGUAAUCCCCCAACACUGUUUGUUUCACACUCUGACUGGUGAGCAUACCUGUGUGUGUGUGUAGUUAUAUGUGUGUUUUAAGCAUGUGUAAGUACUGAAUGAAGUGUGUGUGUGCAGAUCUUCCUCAGUCAGCUGUUGUAGGUGCAGCAGACUCUGCAGCAGAAGCAUCCCGAUGAGUCGAAACAUGAAGCUGCAGUUCCACAGAAACACCUACGCUACACAGACCUGAACACACGCACACAUGCACACGUUGAUAGCUGCAAGUUUCUGCAUGAUUUGAUUUUGGUUUUAAACAUCAGCUUCAGAGCAAAGGCCAGGGUCAGCUAACCAGUGUUGUGUUUGAGAGAGAGAGUGUGUGUGUAAGUGUGUGUUUGUGUGUGUGUUUCUGUGGUUUGGAGGAAAUCCUGAUGGUGCUUCUGGUUUGGGUUUCUGUUCUUCUCUCUUUUAUGUAAGAACUAAAAUGCUGAGCAACUGCUGACCUUAAGUCACCCUGAGUCACAGCCGAAUACAGACCUGAGGCUGACUUAAACUAGAGGCACAGGAGAGUGCAGACCCCAGGCUGACUAUCAGUGAGGCCUUUCUCCAGCAAGGCCUCUGGUAAGGGACCUCUAAUUAAAAGGCAGUCGUGCAGUGUUGAACACUUGUUUCUGUGCAGCUCUUCAGUGCUGCCAAUUCCACCAGAGUUUGAAUGAGGGUUUGAAUUUGAAAGCUUGGAGUUCAUAGUCUGACCUCUGACCUUAGACACUUAAAGGAUCAUUUUUAAGACCUUGAAAGUAACUGCAUUCAGAGAGACUCCCCUUUACUUAUCCACCGUGUUUUCGCAUGUUCAUAGUCUCAGUUUGAGCUGCUUUAGUUUGAUUGGACUUCAAACACACUUCAAGUCCUCUAACCUCCUGCUCUCCACAUAUGAGCUGCUCCUAAUGAAGCUAAUCCUUAACAAGAUAGUAUUUCUGUGCUAUCAAACCCUGCACGCGUGUGUGUGUGUGUCGUCCUCAUGAUGAAGCUGAUCUUCAGUCUUUAUCUCCUGGAGGAAAGAGGACUUUCUGUCGGCUCACAGAUCAGUUUCUGAUUCUCCGUCUGUCUCAUCAUAAAAGCUUGAGGAGAGAGGGAGAGAGCAUGUAAGGGGGUGAGCGUCUUUAUCAGGUUGGGAGAACAGAUUUACACCCCCCUCCUCCUCCUCUCUCUCCCCCCUCUCUAGUCUAAAUCAGGUAGGCCUCUGUGAGCUCUUUGCAGUGAUCCUCUGCCCACAGUUGGUUUCUAUUCUCUGUGUGUGACUCACGCUCUCGUCACGCCGCGGCCACUCCGUCAUCACGCCCUCCUCCUCACGCCUGGAUGUCCACCUGUCGAUAACCACGUGGCUCUUUAGUCAUAGUGAGGAAAUAACUGCGUGCUGUCUGUUUUAAGGUGCUGAUGCUCGGACACUAUUCUUAGUCUGAAGAGAGAUGGAGGCAAACACGGGCUCGGAUGGUGACGGCGGCUCUGAGGGUCUGAGCUGGACUGGAGCUGACGGGGGAAGGUCUCUGUUGUCAUGGUUUCAUAGGGUUUUAAAUAGAGACUGAUAAAUCAGGCAGAGAGCUGCAGUGAUGGAUCAGACUGUCAGUCAGCUGUUAGAGUGCGAACUUCCAGCAUCUGAACAGCUCUGAGUUUGGGUCUGUUCAGUCUUUUCUAACAUGUGUAUUAAAGUCUUAUGUACCUGUUUCGGUUCAGAUCAGGUAUUCUCCUCUCUUCUCGGACUCUCAGUGUACUCUGGGUAUAUGAUUAUCCUUAUUUAAAGCUGUGUCCACCUGUAUUUCGAUUUUUGUAAAAACAUUUUUUUCCUCUCAGUUUUCAGAAGUUCCCUUGGGGGAUAAUUGUUUUAAAUUAAUCAUUUCUGUUUAAAAUAAUUUGGUCUCUCUCUUUAUAAUAACCACAUGUAACAGGAGCUGGUCUGAAAAUUUAGAGAUGUUUUUAUAUUCAGGUUAGUGUGGCAUUAUCUGGUAUGUGUAUGUGUGCACAGGAGGACAUAUGAAUAGGGGUGGGAGAAAAAUCGAUACAGCAAAGUAGGGCUGGGCGAUAUAGGAAGAAGUUUAUCAUGAUAUAAGAAUGAAAUUUUCAGUGCUUAUUGGUAGCAUGUUUUGCAAUACAAUAAGCUGUGAUUCUUUAACGUUUUGUCGUAAGGCAUUGCACUAGGAAAGCGGACUGAAUGGUCGGCUGUUUCAGCUGCACAAGCGCCAUGGGCUUCUUGCUUUGCUUGGGGUUUGUAACCUUUUGCAUUGAACGUGCUCUGCCGGGUGGCACUGCUUCAGGUGGUGAAAAAGAUUUGAGGUGUUCCCCGACUUUGCGAAAAAAAACACAUACUCGACAUAAUUUACAGUGCACAUUACUCUCUCAUGUCCAACCUCAAAAAAACAUAAUACCUUCACACCAUUGAAACAUUUUGUGCCUGUGUUGCCGAAGAUGUCAUCAUCUGUUGAGCCUUCAUUGGAGCAACUCCUCUUUUCAUUGGCUAUUCAUAUAGUCUACCAAAACAUGGAAGAUUGCUGACUAUCAAAAAGCAUAUUGACCAUGUUUCAUAUUGAUAUUGAGGGAAAUUAAUUUUUGAUAUAAAUCGUCAUCGGUUUAUCGCCCAGCCCUACAGCACCCCUAUAGUUUGUCUGGUGAUGAAUUGUAUCAUCUCAUUUACCAAGUAUUGAUUUUUCAAAUUAUUGUUAAUAUGAAGUCAAAUCUAUGAUAAUGGAAAAAUAAAAUCAAAUGUUGUCCAGUGAGGUUGGCAGACAUCACAUCAUAGAGCAGGAAAAAGUUAGCACAACAAAUAUAUAAGAUUUGCAAGAUGGUGCUACAUGAAAGUAAAAUACAGCGUAAAUAAGACAAACAUAAAUGAAGCCAAAUGCUAAACUAGCUAAACAGUUGAAAAAAUUGUAUAGAUCACAAUAUAUUGUAUCGCAAUACUCACUGGAUUGCAAAAUGUUAAAAAUCGCAGUAAUAUCAUAUCAUGGCCCAAGUCUCGUGAUAAUAUUGUAUUGUGGGGCCACUAGUAAAUUCUCAUUCCUGCAUAUGAUUGGGAGCAGAACCUCACAGACUGAGGCUAUGCUGUCCUGUAUCAGCUCAGUGUUAGUCGAGAUAUGUGGCAGCAGUUUAAUCCGUUCUGGAUCACUGAGACUCUGCGGAGUUAUACAGGUAUCACAUUCAGAAAACAACAAUUUAAGGGGUAUAAAGUCACACUGUGAGACCAGAGACUGAAACAAAACCAUCAUUUUAUAGUUACCUUAAAGAAACCAGAUACAGAAAUAUGAAAUAUUUCCAAAUACUGUUCACACAGAGUGAGUCUGUGUGACCCGAGGACUUGAUCCUGCUGAGAGAAACCCUACAGAGAGAAAGUGUGAGUGUGUGUCUGUGAGUGUGUGUCUGUGUGUGUGUGUGUCUGUGUUCAUAUGAGUGCUACCUGUACACAUGUGGGAGUGUGAGAUGCUGUUUGUGGUGGCCUGCUCACCAGGAGCAACAAUGUCGUCUAUUCACACACACACACACACACACACACACACACACACACACACACUGAGCUGCUAGUGUUUGCCUGUUAGAUUUCACAUGUCGGCUCCUCUCUUCUCUCAUUUCCUCCUCCUGCUGGAUUUACCUCAAACCAACACUAACACACUGCCAGCUGUGUCAGUGUUAGUUUGUGUGUUUAUUUAUGUGUUCGCGUUAGUUUACACACUCACACACUCUCACACACACACACACACAGACAUGUCUCUGUCAGGUGUAGAGUUUACCUGUCCUCUGUUUCUUUAGCUGCUCUGCUCUGAGUCAGACUCCAGCCCCGACUCCUCUGUGAUGAUCAGGUAUGAAAAGACUUGAGCAGGUAAAACUCACCUGUCGGCCCUGAUGCUGUAACGCGCUCAGAGUAAACACCUCUUUAAUCCACUUUGUCACACGACUCCUUCCCUCUUUCCCCUCUCUCUCUCUCUCUCUCUCUGUCAAAGGAUGAUUCAGAUAUUUGUGAAUGUGAGCUCUCAUUUUAAUCCUCAAUGAACAGAAGCUCACGUUUAACUCUCCACCCUCCUCACCCUCUCUCCCCCGCUUAGUAUAGCAAAGGCGUCUCCACGGUAACAGAGAAUUCCUUCAAGGAUGAGAGAGCUGUACUCCUGGGUAUGUGGUGGUGGUUUCCUCUGCUCUGAAACACAAAGUCCAUCAUCACUGACAGACAGACAGGCAGACGAGGAUCACGUCUUUGUGUAUACUACUACAGUUUACUCUGAGGUCUUUCAAUACUCAGAAAACAGCCAAACAUAUCGAUCUGAGUGUAGCUCAUUGACUGUCUGAGAACCACGCGGGUUAUUGAUCAGAUUAGGUUUCUUAUUAGGUAUGAAUGGUAAUGAUCAGCCUGAUCUUUGCUGCCUCCUCUUUUCCUACAUGAAUGUGGAUUAUGAGAGAAGAAAAGGAGCUGCACCUGUUUAAACAAACUUUAUUGUAAAUGAGUGUGUGGACGAUGCAGGGCAGCUGUCAGCUUUGAUAGACACCCCCUUUCAGCUCGUGUGCAGAUGUGUGUAACGGAUCAGGAUGUCAUGAGUCACCCUUUCAUCCCGUUAUUCACCCUGCCAUUCAUCUCUCCAUUCAUCCACCCACACACCACCCACUCAUCCAUCCACUCGCUCAUCCACCCGUCAAUCUACGGCUCUGUGAAGGCCGUAUGAUUCACACUGCAUGUGCGUGCGCGUGUGUGUGUGUGUGUGUGUGUGUGUGUGUGUGUGUGUUGGUGGAGGAGUGACAGGAGGAUGCAGCAGCAGGAUUUGUUGAUUGAUUGGGCUGUAGAGAGAGAGAGACUACACCGAGAAAAACAGGAAAAAGUAGAGAGGGAGAACAUGAGCGUAGGAGGGGGGUAGUAACAGGUGAGGACAGGUAGGAUACACAGUGACAUCCUGCAGGUGUGCUGUUUGAGGUGGAGAAACAGACGGUUUUCUGUCAUCACAUUUCCAAAGGUGAACCUAAUUUAGUCUGAGAUCAUCUCCAGCAGCUUCAGACUGAUCGAGUCUGCAGAUCAAUGUUCAUCCUGUAGAAGAAAGCUGUAGAGCCGUAUAUCUGUACAUCGUCAUGAUUUCAACGUGUGUGUGUGCUCAGGUCACAUCACAAGGCAUACAGUGUCAGUCAUGUGACCUGAAACAUGUCGUGCACUGAUUAAUCUGUGGUAAAUGUCUAACAAAAGUCCCUUUAAUGUAGCUCCUCAUUUAAACACAGAGAAACUGUGUCAUGAGACUGUAGAAGGCUUUGUUCAUAAUUUUUAACAUUAGCAGGAGUUUUUGCUUACAUGAGUACGUGAGUCUGUAAGGGCCUGUAUCCACUGAUGGGGUUUUGGUUUUAGACAUAAGGGCCUUUAUCCACCCACAGGUCUUUUGAAUAUAAGGGGUUGAAUCUUUAGCAAGUUUCUUUUUAAUUGUUAUUUCUUAAGAUAUGAGGGCCUGUUUCUAUGACAGUGGGGUUAUUUGAUACGUAUGAGGGCCUGUGUCCACUAAUCUUUUUUUUUUUUUUCCGCUUACCUCCUGUUUUUGAACAAACCAAAGCAGUGGAGCUUCUCUAGUACUCAGUGUUUGUGCUCAAACUUUCUCGUCAGUGUAAACCCGACUUUCUCUCAGAUCUGUCCUGAACUAAUCUGAUUACAGGAUCCAGAGAGGCUUUCUUUAAUGGCUGUAUAUGAAUUUAUUUGACUUUGUGUGAGCUGAGUGUUUGGCGAUGAAGUCAAAGUGACAGCAGGUGUCCUGUUAUCAUUAGGUGAGCUCUGUGUCAGAUAGACUGUCAGCGGUGAGUUUCUUCAGUUUGAAGGAAAUAAAGGCUAAAAAUGUUUCAUUGACUUAUUCUCAAACCUCUCAAAGUCAGUCUUUCUUUCCUGUGACAGUGAUGCAAAUCAGACGUGAAGCUCUGAGCUCUGCUUUCUCUGAGACACUUAAAAUCACUGAUGGUGUGGCAGUUUGAUGAAGGUUUUUAUGGUGCCCUCGAAGGGUCGCAUAAUCUUUCACUGAGGGGUCAGAGUUAAAUAAUAAAAAUAAAAACAACAGAUUUCUCCUAAAUAACCCAACACAGAAGACGAUUUCACAAGAACUGUGGUGUUUUCAGGUUCAGGUUGAAGCUCCUGUGAGGUUCCGUCAUAUGGUAAAAAUGUCAACAUGUACACUCAGCCUGUACAGUGAUAGGCCUGUGUGUGUUUUUGUAGGUAAUAAAAGGUCAAACCUUUUAAUUUCAGCCUGUUUCCUGACCAGAGAGGAAUUCAAGUAUUCAUCUGUGAACAUCAGUUACCUGCUGCAGGAGUCACUUCAGAGAAGCAUACCUGUCUGCUUCAAACUCAGAGGAAUGACAGAGUUGGACUAACAGCUGGAGGCGGCAUGCCAUCAUCUGCUUUGAGUUUAAACAUCAUGUGGAUCCUCUUCAUGUUCACCUGAAACCAGGUGUUCAGUCUGCAGAGCCUGGCCUGUAAUCAAAGCGGCUCUUUUAGAGACUUUUUGAACUUUAUACUGACACAUUCUCAACCUCUUUGCACUGAACAUGUUUGUCCCGUGGACAUGUUUGCUUCGUUUCUUCAGGGUUAUUAGUCUAACCCCCACCCUCUGUUGGUGCAGCAGAGUCUUCACGUCAUAGGGUCUCUGAUUUCACAGUCACAGCUCCUCUUCUCUCUGAGCUUCAAACCUUCUGUUAAAAAGAUGCUGACGAAUCACUCUCUGUGUUUCUGAAGUGAGACUCACAGGGCGCCCUCUCUCUCUCCUUCUUCUUCUUCUGUGGUUGUUUACAGAGAACAGGGGGGUGGUUAGGCAGCGUGUUUGAGGUAUGCUAAUUCCUUCAUGGCGUCCUCGCUCUGCUUGUUGUUAUUCAGAUCACCAGCUUACCAAUACGACCACUCCUAACAAGACUGUCACCCACUGAGGGGGGAGAAAGCAGGAGGAACAGGACGGUAUUUAAAGGACUGCCCCCCACUGAGAGGGAAGAGGGGGGGGGGGAAGAAGUUGUAGAGGAAGUGAUUGGAGGCUGCAGAGAGGAGCAGAUAUCAGACAGAGCAGCAGGAUGUUUAAAAUGAGAGACUGCAAACACAAACACAUCAGAGAAAGUGUGUGUGUGUGUGUGUGUUUUACCUGCGAGAACUCAGUCUUAUUUUCAAGCUCAACACAUUCAAUUUUUUGCAACAUAAAUUUCUUGAAGACUUAAGUCAGAGAAGUCGUUUUGAUGGGUUUAUUUCUUCAGAGAGCUGCUCUGAUGUGCUGUGAAAUUUUAAGAUAUUAGAUGCUGUGUUUAAGAGUCACCUGACUUUUAUAAUCUCUGGCUUUAUAAGAGUUUCAGUGUCACCUGUGCAGAGUCAGUGUGCUGCGCCUGUAGAGAGGAGGUGACAGCUGUGUAAAUCUCACUUGUUCUAAAAUAUCUAUUGCUCUACCUACAGACAGAAUAAAAGACACAAGAUAAGAUCUUUUAUUAAGAUUAUUUAUUCAGUAAUGUGUCUGCUGUCUGUUUCUGACACUCUAAAAUGCAAUAGUAACUUCAUACAGCCCACAUGGUGAAGCUGGUUGGCUCUAAGCAUGAACUCUAACUCACUGCACAUCACUAAAACCAAACUCUGUCAGCUGUUCGUACCUGCAGACAUGUCCACAUCAGCUGUUGCUGUCACUGAGCCUAUAACUCUGAGUAUCUGUGAUAUCCAAACUGAAGCUGAUCCAACAGAGGGGAGAGUUUAACUCUGAGUGAAGGUCGGAAACUUCUCUCUGAUCCUCUUCUGAUCAACUAUAAAACUGUACACUCUGACCUGACCAGCUGCUAAUACACUAAAUAUGAUCGCUGAGGAUUAUCAUCCCCUCAGAGCUGACUGAAGGAGGAAGGAGCAGGGGGGAGAGGAAAGAAGAAAGGAAAGAGGAAAGAAGGAGUCAGUGGUUUUGGAGGGAAAGUGGAGGAUUAAAGCUCACAUCAGACAUCAGAUUACAGAGCUCAGAUUAGCCAGACUGAGAUUGUGUGUGUGGGUGGUGCAGUAUAAAAAGGUUGUGUGUGUUUAGCCCAGCUGUCAUUUUCAGUCACACCAGCAACUGUCUGCAGCCGUCCGUCUUACACACACACACACACACACAUACACAGACACACACACAGUAAUCAUAUCUUAGUAUCUUAGUCAGAGACUUAAAUAUCAAACUGACCCUUCAGCAUUAAAGCCCCACUGGUUUUUAUGAUGCCAACAUGUACGGGUACCUUCGGCUUCAUUCCCUUAUGCCGCUCCCUGUUCUCUCUCUCUCUCUCUCUCUCUCUCUCUCUCUCUCGCUUUCACUUCUUAAAGUGUAACUCCUGUAUUUGUGUUGAUUUAUAGGAUUAGUGACCUACAGCUUCUGUGCAGAUCGGUUAGUUUGCGUUGGUUUUGGCGCCCCCUGUGGACAAAGAUUUGUGUGUUCAGACAAAUCUCUCAGUGGUUUGGGCAGAGAUCUGUCAGUCUUCAGUCUCCUCACUGAUCCAACAUUAAAUCUUUACUGUCACUGAGCAACAACUGAGCGAGACAGCAGGACUUCAGUCUGAGCAGAACCACCGCUGAGUAAGGUUAAACAAAACUGAUUGAAAACAGGGGCAGGGAGACUUACGCAGCAAGGGACAAACAAUAUAUUUGAAAACUUAUAUUUUAUAAACAGAAUAAAGUCAGAGUAAAACCAACAGCAGCUUACACACACACUGAUACCUGAACGUCUUUAGAUACAUGAAACAUGAUACAAUUCAGAUUGACCAAUCACAGGACUGACAGUCUUUACUGUGGGAUCUUUACAGAAGUGAACAUCAGGCUGAAUGUACACACUCCUGUGUAGAUAGACGACUGCACAGACCUGCAGAAAGUGACACUAGCUCAGCACCAGGCUGACUAAAGAGUUUUGUGAUAUUAGUGUGGGAUAAAAACUGAUUUCAAUACAGAGCUUCAGUCACAUUCAGAAUACACACACACACACAUGCACACGGUGAAAACAGCUUCAGUUAAUUGGAGUGAGAUGUAAUUACUGCUGCCACCUACACAAUCUCUAACUAUCACUCUGUUACUCCUCUUUAUUCCCCUCUUAUUCGCUUAUUCUCUCUCUCUCUCGCUCCCUUUCCCACCAUUCUCUGAUUGGUCGGUCUUUCAUGUUUGGUUUCUGCAGCGUUGCAGCGUUAUAAUUAGCCUACUGAGAUGCACAAAGCAUCGCAGCAUUUCCCCUUAUGAGCUGUUAGCCUUCACACUUAAACUUGCACAUAAACACACACUCACACACACACACACACACAUGCACACACACUCCGCUUACAGCAGCUCAGCAUCAUCAGCGCUUUCUCUGCUCGCUAAGAAAGAAGCUCACAGGCUUCUUAGAGAGUGUGUGUGUGUGUGAGUUUUAAGUGUGUAUGUGUGUGUGUGUGUGUCCUCUUUCUGUCCUGCUGUGUCUCUUUUACUCUGGGAAUUAAAUCCUCAUCCUCCUAAAGUAGGGGAGACCAGUUUGAGUUGUUACAUUUUCUCAUGUUCCUUCAUAUCUCACAGAUUACUUGAAUAUGUGUUGACUCAUAAUCAGAGCUGCCAGUGUAUCUAAUCAAACACAGACUGACAUGAUUGAUCAGGUCUGAUCAAACAGUCUCACUGUUACUGUCACUCUAUCAGACAUCAGCUGUUUAAAUGAAGACAUGGGACAGGGCCUGCAUCACCUGCCGUGACACCAAAAUAAACACAUCAAGAGGGGAAAACAUACAGUAUCAUGUAGUAUCGUGCUGUCCUCUCUACACCUGCUUUCUCCUGCUCCUCUCUCUUUAAUAAUCCUGAAUUAAUCUUCUUAAAAUCUGAUAUAUGAUUCAGCUCGGAUGUUUUUCUAUAGCAGGAAGUCUUUCAGUCUCUCUGAUGACUGAGGACUCCUCCUGUCCUCACUAUGGGGGACAGGGUUGAUCUGUAGAUCUGUCAAAGUUUUUUUUUUACAUUGUAAAGGUGAACCUAAACAGUAUUUGUCUCUAUCAGGAGGUCUCUCACUCUCCCUAAUGGUUGGACUCCUACUCUGUCGUCCUCUAAGUGUAACCCUCAGAUUGAAGGAUGUUUUUCUCGCUCAGAUCAGAGAUCAUCAGUCUCUGUGUCCUGACUCUGUCCUGUUUCUGGUUAAAGGAUUAUUUUUCUCUUUAGGUCUGUGUUUUUGGAGAUAAUAAAUCUCUGCAUGUUUCAGUCAGACUCCAGGAAUCAAACGCUUGCUCUGUGUUUUUGAACUCUGGGAGGGCAGGAAGAGACGCCACACCUUCAGGAUGCCAGGUCACUGUUUCCUCCUGUGACUCUGUCCAUGAAGAGUUUAAAAUAACCUCCACACCCUCCAUCACCACCACUCAUGAUUGGACAGUUUUACAUAACAACAUACCAGCUGAAAUAAAAAAAAGGCUUAUCAAGAGGAAUCCAGACUUAUAAAUGUGUCCUGUCCCACCACUUUCAGCCUUUACCCUCCUGCUGCUGCUGCUGCACACCUCAGAGAUUCAUAAGCCACGUUUACAUGGGCCAAAUUUCUUGAUCCGAUUAAAAAUUUGAGGGAUCAAAUAAUCUGAAUCCACAGUUUGAAAUCAAAUAAUCAGAUCAUGACUUGAGUAUACAUGUACCAAACUUAAUUCAGACUUGAAGCGUUUGGACAUGCGCAGAGUUGUCAGAUUUCGCUUAAACAACCGCAGAAGAAAAAGAGUUGUAUUUACGCCUUUGCUGUCAACAAAACACGGUUCUGGCUCACUCCAUCCAAUUCAGUAGUUUUCCCCCUGUUAAAUGUUGUCACUAGUUGGUGCCCUUGUGUACUCAUUUACCGUUCUGUCAAAGGUUACACUGUGCGUGCAGAUGUGACAUCAUGACGUUGUAUGUACGCCUUGUUAUGGAGCAGACACGGAACAUGCAGUUGUGUUUUAUGCCAGAGUGUUCAUAUUGAAACCUGCUGUACUGACCUCAAUAAUAAGAGAGUCACGAUCUGAAUAAGUGUUUACUUGGAUGGGUCUCGUAGUAAUGAUCGGAAUAAACCACCCCUCUCGAUCGGAAUACAAUUUCUUUCCAAUUGAGCCGAAUUGGUGUUUACAUAACACAUUUUAAUUCUGAUCAAGUAUUUAUUUCGAUUAUUUGUGCCCAUGUGAACGCAGCUAAUGAUUCAUUAAACAACCCUUUCCAAACAGACUGGAAUCAAAUCGAACAGCUGAUCAGGUCAUCACUCAUCUAUACUUGUCUUCACAUUGAGCUUCAUGUUGCUAUUUUAGAUGAACAGAAAGCCCUCAGUCAGAAUAAACAGACUCAAACUUACUGGAGUGUCUCUGGGUUACAGGAGGACACUUAAAGCAUGUAAUUGAAAUGAUCCUCCAAACAUGAUCAUGUUUGGUUCAUCUUAUAAAGAGGGCAUCCUGAAGGUCCAGCUGCCAAACACUGUAGCUGCCAUUUGACAGCGACAGUAGAUUUCAGGGUGGAAUAUUUUCUUGACCUUUGAGUCGACUUUGAUAAAGCCACCUCAAAAGUCAAACUGAUAACUGACCGUCCUGUGUUUUUCAUAUUUAGUCCAUAAAUCUUAGACUAAAGUUUAAAAACAAACUUUAUUUUUCACUCUGAGCUCUAUGCCCUGAUGAAAGUCCUGAUCCUGUGACAGAGAGCUGAAAACACCCUCAUAUCUGACUGCUGUGUGUUAGUGUACACACUGAGAUCAUAUUUAUAGUGUGCGUGUGUAUGUGGGGUCAUGUUUUUCUUUUCCUUGUCCCUCUGUCCUGUUUUCCCGCCCUGCCGGCUUUUUCCCAUGAUCCUUUGUGUGUUUAAAGGUUCAGGUUCACAUCUGUUCCAGCUGUCUCUGUGUCCGUCAUGAAUCAGAGCUGCUGUGAUGGAGGAGAGUCCGGAUCUUUCCUCCAGGUCUGUUUUCUCUGUCAGCACGCUCUGAGGCCGCUGUCCUUCUCUUUCCCACAAUCCUCUGUUUUUCUGUCAGGACGUAAACAUCCUGAACUUACUCCUCAUCGUCAUCAUCUUCACCCUCUUGUUGAUCUUUAGUUAGAGCUGGUAAAGACACACACCUGAGACAGGAGUAACAUGAACUCUUACUGUCUCAAUCAUGACACUUGAGAAAACUGAAUCAUUGCCUCACUCCAAUUAAGAGCGGACAACUGAAGUGCAUGUAGACACCUCAGUCCGACUAUAAUCAGAGUUUGAGAACAAGAUUAAGAACCCCAGAUAAUGUGAUUGGAAUUCAAUUUUCUUUACCAUGUAACCAGCGGAGUUGGAGUAUGACAGGACAAUGCAUGUGCGUGUGCGCCACGCCCCCUUAACCCCGGAACAAAAACACCAGAGAAGAGGAGUAGCGUUCAUCUCAUCUGCAGAAAAAGUAGCCCGUCCAUCAUGUACGACAAAAACAAUGCUCUACGAUGCUCCAUCUUCUUGCUGGAAAAUGCCCACCAGCAGUUGUAGCCACUUAUGAUGUCUGGCACCGACCUGCUGUUGUUGUUGACAGUUGUAUGGGGUCGGAAACAGCGCAGCUGAAAAGACCCAUAUCGCCCCCUAGCUUUGGGGAGGAGGACAUGUUCACGUCAAUAAUUCAAUUUUCUCAGCUGCAUGUAUACACGGACAAGGAGAGAAGUCCGAUUUGGCGAAAAAACGAAUUAUGUCCAAUAGCUUAGUCCAAUUGAGCCGUGUAUGUUAACGCACUGAGUAUCUGCACCUCACCUCCACAUAGAGAUUACAUCCCCUUUUUGGUCCAUAAAUAACUAUACCUGCAGAAAUAUUCAUACCUGCUAAACUGACAUCUCUCUGAUAAUGUUCCUGUUCCUGUUUAGAAAGCAGAUAUGAGGACAGAGAGAGAAUAAGAGUUGAAAGAGUCUGAUCAGAGAUAGAUUUGAGUUCAUACAGGCUGUUACAAGUGAUUCUGCAGCCCGAUAGACUUCUGAUGAAGACAUCACACAAACACACAGCCUGGCUCUGAACUGAAACUGGAGGUUUAAUCUGACUCUGUUUUCAUAGAUUAAUCCGGAUGAUGACAGUAAACGAGUUUAAUCCAGCAAUUAUCCUAAUCUGAGAGUAAAGGUGGACUCUCUAAUCCAGAACACACACGCAGGGUCUUUCUGUUCAUGAUCAGUCUGGUCGACUGAUAUCAGUUUUGAACAGCUGAUGCUGAUAAUGUAAGAGCAGUUUGGCUGACGGCUGAAAUAUAAUACUAAUAAUACACUGUUGUUAUUGUAGCUGUUGUUGAAUUUGAAAAAUAAAUCAAUUUAGUGAGCCUUACAAAUGAGAAAAAAAUGAACUAAGCAAAUAUUUCAUUUGAUAGAUUUAGACCAAAAAUCACCAAAGAGACUUUGUGUUAUCAGUCCAUCUAUUUGAAGUAGGGUCAUUUAUAAAUCUGUUAUUCAUUAAAACCUAACUCUUGUGAUUUUUGUCAGUAACAGCAGUAAAACAGCUUUUGAUGAACUGAUGAAAAAGACAAACACUGGGUUAUCCUUUAGAUUGCAGUACAUGGCUGAUAUUUAUGUCAGAAACCACAUUGAGAUACAUGACUCUGCACAUUAAAUUAGAAUUUAUGAAGCACUCUAACCAGUGAGUGUUACAGAUUUGACAGGCUGUCAUUGGUGAUAAUAAAACCGUGUUUUAUUUAGUAAAGGUGAAUGUGAUACCAGCGAUGUGAGGGCUGAUGUGAAGCUAAUAAUGUUAAAAUGUCAUUAAUUAUCCAGAUAAAUCAGCCUGCUCAUUAAUCUGUCUACCUCUAGCGUGGAAUCUUAAACCCGCCCACAGAAACCAGACAACCAAUCACAAUCACCAGAGGAAUAUAAGGUUCAAUCAAAUUUGUUUGAUAGCGCAGAGUUUAGAUGGACAAUGUUUCUAAAGUCUGCAUGCUUGGAUAUAUAAAAUAAAUCACCUCAAGCUCUGAGUUCAGACAGCAUGUGUAAAUAAAAAAUACUAAAAUAAAAUAUGAUAAAAUACAGAGAAAAGAUUAAAGCUGCUCCUCUGCAUGUCUCAGUCUGUACAGAGUCAAACCUUACCUCCUUCUGCUCAGGUCAAACAGGUGGACUGAAUACAUAUUUUACUAAAAUAAUCCAUAAUCCUCUCUUUGUGUAAAGUCUACUUUAUCUCCUCUGUCUCUGUACAGACUUUAAAAGUAUUAAAAAUAAACUGUCUAGAGAUGAUAUUGUACAAAUAUUUCAGUUUCCUCUCUUGUAGUUUUUAUAAUUCAGCCUGAUUCCAAACUCACAGUUACCUGUAAACAUCACACCCUGCAAGUUUGAUCCAGAGAAAAACAGGAUUAACUAAUCUAAUCUGACCCUGUAGAUUUAACCUGAUCAGAUUAUUUUAAACCCUGAAUAACAGUCGGAGCUAUCGAAGAGAUCAUCAUGUUAAAGGGUCAGACAGUAAAACUUAACUGCGUCUCUAAAUAAACACUUAAAAUGUUGAGUCAUGUCAUGUCUCAACUGGUUCAGCUGUACCCUGCCUAAUAUUCACAAUCUUAGCAUCCUUACAUAUGGUUGUUAGUGUAUGUGCAUGUGUGCAUAUGUGUGGCUUUAGGGGAGACUGUUUAUGUGAGGUUUUUUAUAGGUAGUUUAUUUUACUGGACUAUAAAGCACUUUGUGUUACAUCCUUUGUAUGAAAAGCAUUUUAUAAAUAAAGUUUAAAGACGGUCUGAACAGGUUUCUGUUCCUCACACACACUCAUGUUUGUUUCUCCUUAAAUGUGUUAAACUUGAUCAGCCAUGAUCAGCCCCGCCCUGAUAUUGAGAUGACUCCACCUUGCUCAAAGCAGCAUGUUCACUCUGUCUCCGACUGACCUAACUUUUUAUAUCUCCUCUCCUCCUUCAGCUUCUCAAACUCUCAGUCCCACCCCGCCCCCCUAAACCUCUGUCACCUUUCCCCUGUUUUCCUGUCCAGGUCCACCUGAUCCCCACAGGAAGCUGGCCAGAGUCCUCUUUAAACUUUCUUUAUAAAGACGAGUUGUCAGUCAGCUGAUGCGUCUGAUCUUAUUUUAACUCUGAGAGGAGAGAGUCUCAGCUUUCAGACUGUAAAGGGGACUUCUCUAUCUGUGAGGUCUCUGUGCAGCUGUUAGAGCCACUGUUUGACAGCCCAGCUCUCAGACCUGAGGAGGGUCUCAAGGUUUAAGUCAUGGUAUAAUAACUCAUGGUUUAACACAUGGUUGUAUUUAUGCUGCAGGAUGUUCCUGAGGUUUUCAAACUGCACUCACUUGUCACGUCUCAAGUUGUGUUCAGCUAAAGAUUUCACGUCUCUUAGAUUUGAGAGAAAAGAAGUAAAAAGUUCAAACCGAGUCUGUAAAGGUCAGCGGAGCUUUGUGCUAACAAAGCGUUAGUGCAGCGUCAUGGAUGAAUUUUUAAAACCCUGCUGCGGAGAUGAUUUGAAUUGUACCACAGAGUGAGAGUCCACCGUUCAGCUGAUGAACCAUUAUAAACCAGUGUGAAUCAGAUUAGGGACAGAGACUCACAGCAGAAAUGGAGAAAUCUCCUGCCGCACAGGGUCAAUUCAGCAGAUUGGAAGAUGGUGCAAACAUACUGGCUUUUGGACUAACUGACAGGUGUUAUCCUCAGAGUAAAACUGCUCAGAGCAAAACACCGGCUGCAUCCAAACAUCAGUAUGUCUGCAGCAUGUUUAAAUCACUUUAAUCGACCCUGAGCUGCAGGAGAUUUCAGUAUUUUUUUAGAUUUGUAGUUUUGAACAUUUUCCCUUUUUUUUGGAUAGGACAGGUGAAGAGAGACAGGAAAUGUGGGAGACAGGGGAUUGAGCAAAGGGUUACAACCAGGAGUCAAACCAGUGACUGCAGCCAAAAGGACUAUGGUCUCCAAAAACACAGGUCACACCCAGACUGCUAGACCACCAGUUCCCCAUUUCCACUAAUGUUUAAGACCACUUUAUUUUACAAAAUGCAUGCCAAGCAAAGCAGUGAUUAACUGCGGGGUUUGGAUCAGAUUCUCCUUCAACAAUGUGAGUAAAUCAGAAUAACAUCUUUGUCUGUAGUAAUUCAGCUCAUCAUGUCUCCUGAAAUAUACCCGUCACUUACAUCAGAUCGUCUCUAAUUACCCUCCGUCUGUCGCCCACACAGCCUGAACAUGAUCAGCAUGUGGGGAAGUUUCUGGACAUAAAUCUGCCAUCUGAUUGGCUCAGAGACCACAGGGCGGGUCAGAGUGUCUGAAACUGUCCCUCCACCAGAACGGGUCAAAUACCACUGUAAAGUAAAAACAGUCUGAGCAUGUCAGGGAUCACAACAGGAACUUUGUUAUUGACCUGUUCAGCUGCUGCAGGAGGAAACAGUCUGCUGCUGAUGUUUUAAUAAUCUUUUAUCAUUUUCAUUCAGUCUUGUUCAGCCCCUAAACAUGUGCAAACAGAGGACAGGGAGGAAAAAAGUUAUUUGGGGUGUUUUUAGGCGUUGUUGUAGGUGUAGAGUUAAUGUCAGCUCUCUGUCUGUGUGUCGGUCUCUCCAACUCUGACAGAGCGUCUUUAUCCUGCAGUAACUCCCCCUCGUCUCACACGUCUCUCUAUUGUCCCUUCAUGAAUGGACAGAGUGUGUUUGUGAUGAGGAUGAAGGAGCAGGGAGGGACAAGCCAGAGGUUUGGGAUUCUUCAGAGAGAAGGUGUGACGUACCUUCAACCUCUGGUUUUUGUUUCCUUUAAUGGAUUUACCCCCGUUCAACUUCAGGGUCAAAGCUUGGCAUGUGAACUUUGGAGCAUGCUCAAAUCACUGAGGCCAGCUUUAGUCUGAUAGAGGAGUUUACAUGACUGAGAACAUCUGUCCCCAACAUAAUCUGAGUGCAGUGUGUUAGAUGGUGAAGGGAUUGAUAAACUAAUUCAGGAGGUUUAAAGUUGAAACUUUUAAACUGAAGGAUCAGUUUGACUUCCUGUCUGAGUGAAGGAAACAGCAGGAAGCGUCGCCACAGCAAUCCUGAUUAAAAACAAACUUUUGUCUAAAGGUGAAACUCUGCGAGGGCGACCAAGCGACAACAAAGAGAGAGAGAGAGACAGAGAGAGAGUGAAAAGCUACCUUGGAGGUGUGGUGUUGUAUCCGUGGAAACCCUGCAGUGAUUUCACUCUCUGAGGCGGGAAAUGGACUCACAGCAGGGGGGGCGCUUUCCCUCAUUCGCUUUCAUUCUUUCUGCUCCUGUCUAUCCCUUUCUCUUUAACAGCACAUGCACACACACACACACACACACUCAGGAGGGGAUCCUUUCCUUUAUGAAAGGAGCUGCAUGAAUAACAAACCCUCUCUCUUCACUCACAAUGGACACACACACAUACAUGCACACACACACACACACACACACACACACUAAGUUUGACCUCUCUCACAAUAACAGAAAGUAUGCAUUCAUUAACGGCUCUAAGAAGCUCUGACUGGUCCUCUAUUGUUGGCUGAUCCAAGGUCCCACCGUAUAUCACCUUCACACACACACCUCCUUACACGCGCACACACACACAGUCUCUCUCCCUCUCUCUUUCAAACACACACACACACUAAGCAGUGUUUUAUAGUCUGGAGGGAAACAGCAGUUGCAGUGUUGUGUUUUUGCAACGAGGUGAAAUCUUAAAGAGCCGUAUCGUCUCUCAGCUCAGUAAGCAGCAGGAACGUUUCACUCUUUGAGUCAACAAUCAUGAACUUUUAUUACGUUCAAUCAGAAUAUGUUUGUCAUUUUAAUGUAUGCUCAUAAAACGGAGGGAAAGUGUGCUCUACCCUCCUUAGGUUUUGGCACUCUUCAAACACACAUGGAAGGGAGCUCUUUGAACAGACUUUGGGUGUCCUUGCUGCUGCUCCCCUCGCUUUGGCUUUUCAUGUCUGCUCAUGAAACAGAUGGGAGGUGUGCUCUCCUCACCUCAAGCUUUGACAUUUAACAUUUAUAGGUAGAAGGACAGGUAGCUGUAAGAACAGAGACAGACUAACAAGCAUAAGUUCUGCAUAAAAAAAAACAAUUUAAUAAUUUAAGGGUAUAAAUGUUUCCAGAAUCUGUUUUUGGGAAAGACAGGCAGCAUUUUAACUGGAGCAACAGACAUACAGUAUUUGACUGUAUGUGAGAAAAACAGAGAGCUCUGUACCUGCAGGAUUCAUGUAUGCAAAGUGUUUUUAAAUGUAUUUUGGCACAGAGGAGCCUCCUGGCUGUAAGAGCUUUAGUCCGUGCGUCUGUCUGUGUUAAAAGCUGCCUCCACCUUCAGUGCUGCAGGUGUUGCCCAGAGGAAACAGUCUGCAGAGACCUGCUCAGUGAGCGCCCUGUUAAAGAGAUGCAUUCUGUUAUUUCACUUCUCCUGAAUUUUACUUUGUGUGAGUCACGACCAAAGUGAAGAUAAGAUUUUUCUGGUUUGUUUUGCUGUAACUUGCCACCGAACAUAAUGUGACUGCAGCACAUCUUAACUACAUGUAUGAAACUUUAGCUCAGACAAUGUUUCACUGCUCAGCGAUUUAGAGGAAGGAUGUGAGAGAGUGAGAGGAUGAAAGUUCCAACUGUUGCCAGAACUAAUCAGAUUACUCCCCAACAUCAAUAAGGGUACCCCGCCUCCCCCUUCCCCCUCUACCAUGGAUUUCCUUUCACAGUAAGAUUUCAGUUCAGAGUCAGUUUAAGGUCUGAACUUGAGGUACAAUUGACUCCAGAUUCAGACAGAGAGUUUCUGAAGUUUACUUGAAAUCUGCAGCUGAUCUAACCAUCCCUUUCUGUCUCCACCUCUGCCCCCCCUCCCUUCACAGGUCUCCAUGGGACUCCUGACCCUCUGAGGACGAGCACAAAGGAGCGAGGGGAAGAGGAGGACUAAAGGCGAGGGAGGACAAAAGAGGAGGCGGCGAGCAGGAGAGUGUUUGUGCAGAGGAGUGGGCGGAGCCUGAGAGGGAGGGAGGGAGCUUUGAGAGGAGAGAUUAGCUGGAUCUGUGGGGGUGCAUGCUCCGCCCUCAGUCCUCUCGUGUGGACAUCCUCCUGUUAUCCUGGUUUCCUCUCAGUGACGGGCCGACAGUCGGCGCAGAAUGAACCUCAGACUGAGCGUCAGACGGCUCGGGGACAGGGGCGUUCUGGAUGUCAGACUCCCCAGGACUAGAGCCCUGUUGCUGGGCUUCCUGUUGGCGGUGACAGGGCUCCUCCCCCUGCGGGCAGGUGCAGAGGUUGAGAUUGACGUACUGGGAGGGAUGGAGUUACUGGAAGCUGGAGACAGGGAGGGCGUGGGCAGAGGCAGUGAGCUUGAGGCAUCCAUGACUUCCUCACUACUGCACGAUUUCCAGGAAGUGACCGAGGGUCUGCGCGCCAUGGAGGCCGUCGCUAUGGAGACCAUGGAAAGGUCUGUGACCCAGCAGAACACGGCACCCACCGCCUUCCCGGACUCCUCAGCGGUGGUUGGUCGGAUCUUCCAAAUGAAGGUGCCCAACAAGAAGGAGGAGGUUUACCUGGGUGACAUCAUCAAGGUGAGUCAGUACAAGACCGUCUGUUUCUGUCGCAGGAAGCUCUCUGAUUGGAUGAAGCUGGUGUUGUCAGAGGGGGGAGGAACAUCAUCCUGGAUUAUACACCCUGAAACCUGAUGGUAUUUAGUCAGUCUGACUGUUUUUCACUGGUGUAGAUCAGGGGGUUACUGAUACUGGGGCUUCAGUCUGUGGUGGAAGAACAGACAACAACAGGCUGCAGGAACCUUUUAGUUCCUUAAAAAACAAGUUCCAGGUACUUUUGGUCGAAAUGUGCUAUGUAGCUCUGUGGGCUCUACUCUGGAGUCAGUGCUCACAUUCAUCCCCUGCAGAGACAGGAAAAGAAAACAUUUAAGUCCUGACAAAUGUUCAGACCAUAGACCAGGGGUGGGCAAUCAUGUGCCAUGGAGGGCAGAGAGGCUGCAGGUUUUCUUUCCAACCCAAAACUCCACCAGGUGAUUUCACUGAUUACCUUACCUCCAAGCAGAGAGCAGGGACUAAUCAGUGAAAUCACCUGGUGGAGUUUUGGGUUGGAAAGAAAACCUGCAGCCUCUCUGCCCUCCAUGGCACAUGAUUGCCCACCCCUGCCAUAGACUGUAUACACUUUGGACAACUUAUUUCUGCCUUUCACCAGUAUAUGGAUUUGAAGCCAAAAAGGUCUUGAUAAUUCUGUGUUUUUUCUCCACUUCCUGAAACCAACAUUGCGCUGUAGUGUUGUACGUACUCCAUCACUUGUGCAGUGGCAUUUUACGCAUUUGGCGGGAGAGUCGCCCAGAGUUUCUGUGAUGACACUCAGCUCAGACAAGGUAUCACUCGGGUGAGCUACGCAAUCUUUGCACGCCCAUAUGCUAUAUCAAGUGUCAAUCAUAGAAAACAUGAACCCCUUUAUAACUUAAAAACUGAGCUGUACAGAAAAAAGAGGACUUGAGCACAAACCAGUCUUACAAUAACUACAUGUCAACAUCGCAAGCAGGGGGGAGAAAAAUUAUAUUCUGUGUAAUAAAUUUCUAAAUUUUGUCCACAGCUCCAUAAGCUUUGCUUGCAGAGGCAGGAUUUAUGACCUAUACUGCAGCCUGUCACCAGGGUGUGCUGUUCUCUGAGUGACUUUACCCAGUGAGGAGGCAGACAGCGUCCGUUCUAUAUACAGUCUAUGGUUCAGACUUUUUCCAGACCUAUAGCAGAUUUAGCUCCACUAUUCAGGUCUACUUUACCUAGUGAUAUAAAUCAAUCUAGGAUAUAUUACAUUCUCUUUAAAAGGUAACUAAGCAGAGGCACAUAUAGCCCAGCAGUAGAAGUGAUUCACAUAUGGAGGCUAUGGUCCUUGUUGCAGUGGUCGCUGGAUCAAUCUCUAGCCUGAUCCUUUGCUGCAUGUCAGCAGCUGAUCAGGGUUUCAGAUUUCAGUGUGGGCCACUGGGUAGGCCAAUAAAAUUUCAGGGUCACCUUUCUAGGUCUGUGUCUGAUGAAGGGUUUGAGCUGAUCACAGGUCAGCUGUGGUGAGGACUGAAUGUCUGCAGACAGGAGGUGCACUAGCUGUUCAGCUAACUAGCAGCACAGACUAAUUUGAUACAUCAGGAAACAGCUUUUUUGCUGGAUAUGAUCUAUUUACACUCUCUCUCUCUCUCUCUCUUGCUCUUUCCUCUCAAGGCUAUUUCCUUUAUUUUGCACACUCCUCUCCCUCCGUCACUCUUUCCUUCCUGUCUUUCAUCUUCCUCAUAUCUUCUCCUUCAUCCCUUCAUCUUGUCCUUUUAAAACUCUCCUCCUCUUCCUCUCUCUUUAUCUCCCUUCUCAUUUUUAGUGUUUUGUAUUCAGAUCAUGUCCUAUUCUCCUCCUCUCUCUUUUUCUUUUAAGUUCUAUUUCUCCCUCUCUUCCUCUCCUUGCUCUCUUUGCUCCUUUCCUCCCUCCUUGUCAGAUCUCAUCUAUCAGACGCCCCGCUGAGGAACAGGACAUCUUGAUGAAACUCUCUGAGUGUAUGCUUUGAGACCAGGCUGCUGCAGAAAAGUGACAAAAAUUGGAUUCACAGGACAAUUCAGACAAUUACAAACUGUUAAAAUACCUCAGUCCUGUGAAUUCAGCUUGAGAGGUUUUAGAUAAGUCCUUUUUAAAAGUCAUGUGAAAGGUUCAGUUUAGUCCUUUGGUGCAGGUCUGAGCUGAUGGGAGCCGAUGGUUACGGUUUACACUCUGGUGUGUGUUUGCUCUAUUAAAGGGACUUGACGUGUAUUUAUUGUGACAGUAGAAACAGAGCUGCCGGGUCAUCUGUGGGCUCAGAGGGUUUGAAUAAAACAUGUUGGUGGAUGUUGGAGCACUGAGAUAGAUGUCGGUCCAUGAAGAGGACAGUUUUUACUGGAUCAGAUCUAUUAUAAAAACUCAGAGACAGACAGUCAGUCUGCAGACUUAACCCAUACUCUCUACAUGAAAACAUCAUUAUAUAGCAUGGGCACCAUGACUCAUCAGUCUGUAGAUGUUGAAUUUUUUACACCUUAACUCUCCUGGCUGUCUGCAGGGCUCUGUUAAUAAUAAUCCUGAUUAAAUGAGUGUUUGGUGAUCAGUAAAGUAAAGACCAGUAAAGUCUGAACAGCUCAAAGUGAAGCCUUCUGGUUAGAGCUGAAACUAACUACCAUCAUAUUUUCUAGUUAUCAGCUAUCAGCUUUAAAAUAUUGUUCAACAACAAAUACAGACUUCAAAGCUGAGCCUGAGCUGCUGACUCUGCUCGUUUAACAGAGAGGUGUCAUCUAAAUGCGGGAAACACCGACUAUACCGCCUUAAAUAUUCACCUGCACCCUCUGCUGUUUAAAUAGAGAAACCACACUCGUGUUUUCUCUUAACAAUUACAUAUUCACAGAUUUAUAAUGUUUAUAAAAGUUUAAGGUGCAUGAAUUCUUUACACCUGUUCACCUCCUCCCCCUCUCCUUAUUCAUCUCUUCUCCCACAGCCUGCAGCUCCUGUAAACCUGAUUAUCUCUGUCACACUUUGAACUUGAGGCCUUUCCUCUCAGCCAAUAGGAGGUAACGGUCCCAGGGGAGACACAGAGAGAAAGACAGAGGGGGGGGGGGAAGGGGGGAGGAAGUGUGGAGGAUGGGGAUGAAGAGAGGCAGGUGUUGACCUCAGAGGCAGCAGCAUCAUUUUUUCAGAAACUGUCCUCCUGUAAUGAAAUGUCACAGAUCAAAUGUAGAGGCUAUGACGUGCACACCUGUGCACAGGAUUGCACAAAUGUGACUGACCACUAACACCUCUCCUCUGUUAGUUUACUCUCACUCUUUUUCCAACUCCCGCUCUUUCCCGAUAUUUCCCCAAUUACACACACACACACACACACACACACACACACACACACACACACACACAAGUAUAUUUCGAAGGUCUGUGCUCAAGGUUGUCGAGCAAAAGGCUGAAUCAAUUUCAGCUGGGAGUGUAGCUCUCAUACUGAUGUGCUUUUAUUCUGAAAGUCUGCAGAGAGAGACCACAGGGUACAUGGCGGUAUGUGACCAAUCAUCACACUCGAUGUGAUGAUAUCAGGGAAAAAAAUGGGAGGGAUAAAGGAUACUGUCAGCAGAUCUUUGGCAGGGAUCUGUUAUUUCUUGAGAGUGAAACUGAGGCUUAGAUGAACAGUUGUGUUGGAGUCCUCAUAAUGAUGUUCCUCAGGUGUAGACUCUGUGGUUAGUCAGCAGUCUGUGUCUGCUUUAAACAUCAAUGACAGGCUGAGCAGUUAAACACUAAACAGAGUGGUUGCUACAGUAUCUAAUGACUGCUGUGUCUCGUGCAUGUUUACAUUCUACAUUCAUGUUACCCGCAGACACAGACUGCAUGCAUUAGUCAGCUCUCUCUAUCUGUUUAAAGUGCAAUGAAAGAGGAACAGGUGAAAGUGUGAUGUGUAUGAGAUUAGGGAUGGGCGAUAUGGGCUCAAGAAUUAUCACAACAAGUUUUGCCACCCUGGUGCUCACGAUAAAAGCCCCGAUAAAAAAUGUUAUAAUUCCAAUCUAUGUUUUUGACUCAUUCUGUCUUGAGAAACCCUCAAACAUUGUUCUUGGAUGGCACUUACCAGUUGGCAUAGUCAAAUAAGUCACUUCACCACAGGUUUAGGAGGUAGAUUAUGGAGAAAACUAGUCACAUCAAACAAAUCUGAAAAGUAAAAACAUUUUCAACAUUUAUUCAAAAGUCUUAUUGCACAGAGUGAACAGCAGCAGCAGAUCCACUGUCCAAUGUCAGGCAUACCUGACUGCACUCAUCAAAGCCCCAAUUUUCCCCACCUUCAGCCAUGUUCGUUUGUUUGUUAUUGCGCUCUGUGUAGGCGAUUGCUGUGAGUCCAUCGUUUGCGUGUACGUCAUCAACUUGCGUUUAUCCCAUUUAUCUUAAAAUGGCAAAUAAUUAUCGUGGAUGUUUUUUCUGACGAUAAACCGUCAGCAGUAUUGAUUGUCCAUUUCUAUAACAGCUGGUUUAACUUGACUUCCACCAUUUCUUUACUUUUUACUACACUAUUAUUCCAGGAAACAGCUAACACACACUUUUUCUGUUGAAGUUUCCAGGGAAAGAAAAUCUGAAAUCAACUGUGUGUGUGUGUGGGUGUGUGCGCGUAUGUAUACAUGUGUAUGUCUGGAAACUUGGAGCAGUUAAAGUGAAUCAUUUUUGUGCUUUGUGCUCGUUUGCCUCAGAGUGUUUUUGCACACUGCUCUGUAAAAACACAAAUGUGCAUGUGGAUUAAAGAGAGAAACACACAUGCAGAUUUGUGUAGCACUCUGUGUCCGUGUGUGUGUGUGUGUGUGUUUGUGUGUACACUCACUGUCUGUCAGUGUGUGUCUUUGCCCUCCUGAUGAAUGGAUGAAUAGAUGGAGACAGUAGCUGAUGCUGGAGAGGAUCGUUCUCCCCUGAGAGCAAUUUUGGUGGGAAACUAACUUUCUCCUCCUCUCUCCAUUCAUUAUCUCCCUCACUCCCCCUCCUCCUCUCUGGUUUCUUGGCAUCCUCUUAAAUUCCCUCUCCUCCCCUCCUUUUUUCUCUCUCUCUUCUCUGUUUUUAUCCUGUGAUUCUCAUCUUUCUUUUCCUCUCUGGGUGUUUCUGGUUUUAUUUAGACCACUCCCCUCGUCACUCUCUUCAGUCAUCUACCUCCAGACUGUCUGACUCUGAGGAAGCAGACUCUCACCUCAUGCUAACGUUAUUUCUGUCCCAGUUUUUUUUUUGGCCCCGGUAGCAUCUGUAGCCGUUAGCCGUUAGCUGGCAGGGUGUCAGUGGAAACCGGUCUUAAAGCUGCGAGGGAGGAGCGGCGGUCCAAAGAUAAAAACAGCAGAACAUAUGAGUCACUGGGCUGUAAGCUGGCUCCCCCCCCCGUCUUUGCUGGCAGCAGGACGCCGUGGACAUGUUGCUAUGUAAUUAAACAUGCAGCAGGAGAGGCUGCUGUUCAUAUGCUCCAAAUUAUACGCUCCUAUAAAUUCAUUCAUAAGCUGAGGAUCAGCCCUGACGGAAAACUUUCACUCUGCUCUCAGCUGGAAAUCAGAUCUCUCUGUAAUGGUUUUUGUUGGUCUGAAUAGAAUGAAGCCCAUACAGUCCAUCUCACUGUUUGAGGAUUUUUUUAUCCUGUGCUGGAUGUCUCUAUGUUUUCAUCUCACUGUUUAACUCCUCUGCUGUUUACACUGAAAUCUAAAUGAGCAGUCUUAAGGAGCAGAAACACUGUCUAUGCCACUCUUAGUCAGCCUCACGCUGUCAUGUUGCAGAGUUUCAGGGUGUGGUGUCAUGUGACCUGCAGCGUUCAUCAUCACAUCCUAACAGCCAAAGAGUGACUCUAACCUCCAUCAGGAGGUCCAGAAAUAGAAAAAUGAGCUGAUUCUGUGGUUCAAGUUUCCACAAAGGGAGUCAGAGUGAAUCCUCUCUUGAGUAAACUCUCCUCCUGUUGUGAUGGUGUGUCCGCCCGCUGCCUGGAAACCAGACGAUUCAUACAGGCCGCGAUCCCCCGGGCACCGCAACACUCUGCUGCCGUUUUCACAUGCUCUGUUUGCAGGCUGCUCAGCUGUUGCAGCAUGUUUGCUUGUGGCAGUCUGCUCACUCAUUUGCAGAGUUCCUGGUAGUUUUAGCUUCUUUUCAGCGUGUUUGUCUGUUUUUAGCGUGUUCAGUAUUUUUUUUAUGUUUUGCAUUUUCGUUUGUUUCUCAGUUGUUUGCAAUGCAGCGUGCAGCUAUGAUUGGCUUAUUUAGUGGAGCCAUGUUUGGAGUGUGAAGGUCCCCACAGCAGAUUAUAUUUAGACACACACACUCUGUGAUUAUAGACUAUUAAGGACACAGAAACAUGUUGAUCUUUACUGCGGGAGUCACUCAGCUUUAAAGACUUUAUUACAGCUCCUUUGCUCUCAGGCUGUGUUCUUUAUGCUGAGCUGCUGUUUUAGGCUGAAAUCUCAGUUUGAUGUUUAAUUUGCAGCCGUGCAGAGAGGCCCACACUCUGUCGUGCAGAGAGGAGAGUGUUAAACAGUGAUUUCUUUAUCAAACGCAGAGUUAUUCUCAUACACACACAUCAAACUGUGUUUUUAACCCUGCAGAAAGAACGUGAAGGAGAGUUCUGAAUUCAAAAUGCUGCUUAAGAAAACACAUAAACAUAGAAACAUGAAUUACGCAUUUGGUCAUGACGCGUGGACCUCACACAGUGGACCGGUCAUAAAUCUCACAGUAUUCGUCUCAAUUCAGCCUUCAGUGAUGAAGUUCAGACUGACCUUCAUUCGCUUCCUCUUCCUCCUGCUCCUGUUUCCUCUCCUCUUCCUCCUCCCUGAGCGACGUGUUUAAGGUUUAAUGCUCUGUGUCAGCUCUGUAGCAGCUAAGUGAAUAAAUGUAGCUGAUAUUUUAUUGAUGUGAUAUCAGAGAAAAGAAGAGGUAAUGACUGACCCUAAGGACAGGAGGAGGCCUUCAUCAGGAGGAGGAGGAGGCGGCUGUCAGCCUGUUCACCAUCAGCCUGGUUUUGUUAGUGAGUGAUGGAGCUUCUGUCUUUGACUCUCUCCUCUGUUUCUGUGUCAGGAGGAAUUUAAUACAUUCACAGACGCUUCAUAGAGCUCUCUUCGCUGUCUUUCAAUCUGAAUUUUACUCCUCAGCUGUAACUCUCACAUAUUCUUAACUCUCAAACAUUGAGACAGAGUUGAACAGCCACACGAGAAAAAUGAAAAUUUAAAUAAUGAGGAAAAAAAGACAUAAUAACUGAGAGCUAUAAUUACCAGCUGCCUUUUCACAGGCUACUUUAACUUGACGAUAUCCUCUGUGUACCUCAUAUCAGCGCAGGUUGAAAGUACCCUUAAAAAUGAAACACAGGAUAAAUGUAGAAUAAAAAUGAGACUUUCAUCUGGCUUCAGUCAGGACCAUUGAAGUCGAAGUAAAUCAUUAUUGUUAUGCAGUCAAUUAUAUUUGGUAUGAUUGUGCUCUAAAUCCUGAGGUAGGUAGAGCAGACCUCACCUCUGCUUCAUAUCAAUAUGUUAAAAAGCCAAAGCAGGGAGAGUCGCAGCAAAGACCCCUGGGCUCUGUCUUGAAGGAUACCUGUCUGUCCAUAUUCGUGUAUGGGAAAUGCCAAAGUCUAUAGCAAGGACAGCACACCUCUCCUCAUGUGCGGACUAUAUAAGCAAAGGCAGGGUACAAAUCAGAUUAGCAUCAGUGACAAUCAAUGUAACACCUGUAAAAUCUGACCCAGCAUUAGCAGGAGGAGCUGGGGUGGAGAGGGGUAGAGCAGCAGCAAAGAUUCAGUCAGACAGAGUUUUCCUCCUGUAGCCGUGAUAGUAGAAAUAACAACAACAACAACAAAUUAUUGUUAUUAUUGUUAUUAUGUUGAUGAUAAUUGGAUAUUUAUCUUAAACACAUGUUAAAUGAUAAAACACAGAUAUAUAUCACAGGCACCACAUAAAAACAGUCUGACACGGAAACAAGCUGUGAGCAUAAAAAGAGGAGAGUUUUCUACAGCUGAGGGUGUUUAGAAAGAGAGAGUUUGUCUGUAACUGUGUGUAUCUGUGUGCAUGUGUGUCAGAGAGUAAAGAGGUGGACCUGCAGCAUCAGUCAGCGCUCAGGUUCUGCAGAGAGCGAGCAACACUGAUAAACAGAUAGCACACACACACACACACACACACACACACACACACACACAGACUCAGACACUGAUGUAUAUGAGCAUACAGUGUGUGUUUGUAACCUCAUUUUCUCAGUGGGUCUCUGACCUUCUUCAUCACUCUCUCUCUCUCUCUCUCUCUCUCACACACACUCUCACACACACACACACACACACACACACACACACACACACACACACACACACACACACACACACACACAUCUCCGCAAGUUUAAACCCCUCUCUAUCUGUCUUCUUCCUCCUGUACAGCAUGUAUAGUUGUGCGUGCGUGUGUGUGUGUGUGUGUGUUUGUGUGCGCGCGCGCGCGCAUGUGUGUGUGUAUUUGUAAGACUGCUGCACUGGCAGCAAGCUGUGUGUGUCUCCUUAUCCGCCUUCCAUUUGCCCUUGUCAUAAAAAAACACACAUACUGACACACUCUCACCCAAAACCACACGCUCACACACUCACACACACACACACAUACACACACACACACACACACACACACACACAGAUCACCGUUUGUUUCUGUAUCUUCAUCCUUUAUGAAUCAUUUGAUCUUUUUCUCAUUGAUCUUUGUAAAUUUUUUGAUGAUUCGAGAAAAUAGAUUCAGAUGAUCAACUUUACCAUGUGUUUGCACAUGCCCAUGUUCUUGCAUCUGUGUGUGUGAAUGUGUGUGAAUGUGUGCAGGUGUGUGCAUAUGGCGUGGGGCCAUAAAUGAACAUCUAUUAACAGUAGAAAAUGAGCUCUGAGGUGGAUUUCCCCUCGUAAACAUUCACACCUCCACUCCUCACUCCCUCGAUCAUCCCUCCAUCCCUACUUCCUCCUUCUCUCCUGAUUCUUUCCACUGCAAACUCUCCUUCAUGCCAGCUUUUCGUUCUCUCUCUCUCUCUCUCUCUCUCUCUCUCUCUCUCUCUCUCUCUCUCUCUCUCUCUCGGUGAAUUUUACCUUUGUCGUAUUCCCCCUGAGCACAGUUACUCUCAGCCUCUCCUCCAUCUUUACCUCACCUCCCUUAGUUCCCUUCUCCAUUUAUCUAUUUCCAUCUCUGUCCAUCCCCCCUUUCUCCAGUCUCCCUUAGCUUUAAAGGAUAAAUCUCUCUCCUGGUAUGUGAUGAACCCUGAUAGUAAACAUUAAUGAUAGCCAUCUUUACACAGUUACCAUGAGCAAAGACUUUCUAUUACAAAGUUUAUGUUUCGGUCUCUUCAGCCUAUUGUGAGUUUGCAGAUCCAGAAAUGCUAACUAAGACUAGGGUCAGCCAAAAUGUAAGUUAGCUUAUUUGAUAAAUCUCCUAAUUUUCUAUCAUUUUAAAGUAUGAAUAAUUUUGAAUGUGAAAUAAUCAGUAUAAUAAUGUCUUAUUAUAGCAGUAGUAAUCUUUACCGUUCCUCCUGUAGUGAGCAGGUCCCUUGAAAAUAGAGCCUACAGUCUCUGUUGGUGAUAUUGUCCUCGUGUUUAACUGUCAGCAGAGGAGACGGUGUCCCUGUCUGUCCUAUCAGGACAUAAUUUAGUCAUUAACUGAGUCAGUAUGACAGCUCUGAUGAAAUUACUGCCCGUAAACGCGCUCGUCCUUCCUCAUCUCUCUAUGAUUUAAUCUGUGCUGCCAUGUCAGGAGGCGACGCUCCAAAGUUUGGAGGCCAUGAAACUGUGAGAGACAAAUAAAGACCUACAUCAUCUGUGUCACCUCGCUGCAGGAGGUAAUAUCCAACCAGAAACAAGCAGCUUAUACACCUAAAAUGUUUAUCUGUACAUCAAAGUUUCAGAUAAAAAAAUGAAAUAAAAAAGGACCCAUUACUGUUCCCUGUGGAACACCAUUUAUUGGUUUCAUGUUCAAUAUCUACAUCUGAGGCAGUUUUAAAACCACUUCAGAGUCACUUGAUGAUCUGUGUGUUUCUGUGUCUGAAAUAGAUAAAAACAUUAAUAUUUGUGAGACCUUCAGUUAUUAUCUGAUAAUCAUGACGUGCCUCACAAGCAGUGAGGAGAUUUUAGAUUAAAUCAGCAGAGAAAAGCACAGAUAGGGUUUCAAAAGUAAAAAUAAAAAUAAACAAACUGAACAGAGAUAUAUAAAUAAAUAAAUACCUGAUUGGGGAAUCAUCUCAUUUCCACAGUGACCUUUCUCUGUUUUCUCUAAACCUUUCUCAGGGUUACAGAGAGCAGUAAGGGUUACCUGUAAAUGAUCAGCUCAUGGCCAUGUAUGUGUGUGUUUUUAUUUGUGUGUGUGUGUGUGUGUGUGUGUGCGUGCGUGCGUGCGUGCGUGUGUGUGUGCACUUGUAGAUUUUUAUGUCCGGCCUUGCAUGUCUGUCUGUGGCCUUGUAUUUGAACAUGAGUGUGUGUUUGUGUAUACCCCUGUAUGUGUGUGUGUCCUUGUUUGUGUUUAUGUGUUUAUGCUGUUAGGGGAGCUGCCUCUACAAAAUAUAAUUUACACACACACACACACACCCCAUAUUUCCUCUUUUUGUCCAGUGUGUAUAGUUGAUUGUUGAGUCAUGGUCACUCCCCUGUGGUCGGCGUCCUGCAGCCUCAGGGUCCUUUUACUCUCUGAUGAUAAAUUAUCAUAAUCUCAGUUUGGAUUCAGUCACAGCUCAGAGAUCUGUACUGUCACUCUGUACAGGUGCUCUUGUGAAACAAGGCAUGGAGCAGGUUUAGGUGUCAGAGCCCUGAUUUAGCCUGAACACAAGCCUAAACAAAAACGAUAAACUACCUUAAAGGAGUAAUCAGUCUGUCAGUCAGUCCUGCUGUAUGUGUUUGCUGUUGGCACGUAUAAUUUUCUAAUGUCUAAAAUAGGCUUAUGAAAUUCAAUUUGAAGCUGGAAUAAGACAGACUUCUUUUUGGUUUUCACUGGUAUAACUUUUAAACUUCCUGAAGAGGCUGUUUCCCUGCAAAAACAAUCUCAUGAAACAGUUUUUAACAUUUUCUACAUGCAAACCUGUCCAGUCUGGCUUUGUCUGUGCAGCUGUGGUGCUCUGUGCACUACAGACAGUGCUGAGGGGACUGUAACCUAAAGAGUCAGAGUGCCCUCUGCUGGACAAACCCCUUGUUGACAACAGUUCUGAAUCACUCUGACAGUUUUCUGCAUGCUUCAGAAACAAAUGGUAAUGCAGGUAAAACUGUGAGGGAACAUGACAUCACAUCAAAAUCAGCUGAUAUCAAGAACAGCCAAUAACAGAAUCAGCUGAGAGGAGGAACAGCUAAUAUCAAAAGCAGCUAAUGUUAAGAACAGCUGAUAUCAGAAAAAGCUUGAGGACAAAAAACAAACAAACAGUUAUCAAGACAAAAACAGAAGAUAAAUGAGAGAUGUUUUCUUGUGGGGAUAUUCAUUAAACUCUUUUAUUAAAACAAAAAAAUGUUCAGAGAAAUCUUCCCUUUUUUUUUGUUCUGAUGCACAUCACUUUUAUCACAGUUAGUAUUUACAAUGUGUUUGGCCUUAAAAGCUUUUAUUGUCUGUUUUUCAUUUUUCAGGUCUUUAUUCCACUUUCUACAAACAGCUCAUUCAAUCAGACCCAGUGUUUCAGGGUUUUUCAUAUAUUGUCGUCAGUGUUUCCAUCAGAGUGUUAGUAUAAUUAGAUAUUUGUGUUGCAUUUUUUUCCUUCUUUUGUAGUUAAAUACCUGUAUAUUUUCUGUGUUUCAGAUCAGGGAGCUGGGUCGGGACUCACUGCCAUCAUGGUUGCACUGGGACUCGGACAGCAGAAUCCUUCAGGGUUUACCUCUGGACGAGGACAAAGGAGUCCAUUACAUCUCAGUGUCCACCUCUAACCAGUCCAAAUCCUCCUCCUCCUCUGACGUGUUUUCUAUUGAGGUCCACCCUGAGGAUCAUUCAGAUGCAGACUCUGCCCCGCUGGUGUCCAACCAGGCGGCGACUGAGGACAUCAUCCAGCCAUUCACAUGCGGUGAGGAGGAACCAGUCACUGUGUUGACAGUGAUCCUCGAUGCAGAUCUGACAAAGAUGAGUUCUGAGCAGAGGGUUGAGCUGUUGGACAACAUGAGAAGCUUCUCAGGGGUGGAGCUCCAGCACAUGAAGAUCCUCCCCGUGGUCAACAACAGGCUGUUCGACAUGUCUGCCUUCAUGGCUGGGCCAGGAAAUGCCAAAAAGGUGAGAGUGCCACUGAGGAGGAAGCAAAUUUAUUUUUAAUUCAUUCAUUCACACAAUAAUGAUAAUUCUACUAAUACUACUAAUAGUAAUAACAACAGUAAUAAUAGUAACAGUAAUGAUAAUGAUAAAUAAGGCCAUCAGCUGAUUUAACUCCUUCUCGUCUCUGCAGGUGGUGGAGAAUGGCGCCCUCCUGUCCUGGAAGCUUGGCUGCUCAUUGGACCAGAGCACUGUCCCCAACAUCAACAGUGUCCAGGGUCCAGCUAAAGAGGGCACGAUGUCUGCCAAACUGGGCUUCCCUGUGGUAGGCUGGCAUAUAGCCAACAAGAAACCCCACGUCCCCAAGAGGGUCAGACGCCAGCUAAACAACACCCCCACACCUGUCCUCGCUGUGCUGCCUCCAACCACUGUAGUCGAGCCACCAGUGAGAAUCAUCCCCACCCUAUCAUCCCCGUCCAUCGCAGCACCAACAGAAAGCUCUGCUCCACCAGUCAGAGGCCCUGUCCCCCUUCCAGGAAAACCCACAAUCAGAGUAAGAGAUCCCAUUGCCCACACUCCUACCCAGGCACCCCCACAGCCCACCAGGGUCAUGGAGACCACCAGCACCAUCCCCAUCCAGCCCACAAUGACCAGACCUUCCUAUGUGGAGGCUACAGCCACCCCAAUACCACCAACAAGAAAGCCCCCCAGGAAGCCCAAGAAAACCAAAACCACAACCACUCCCAUUCCGAAAGAGACCUCCACAGUAAUACCACCAAUACGGACCACGGCCUCACCCGGUAUCAUACCAGACCCGUACAAUGAGAAGCCCGUCCUGCGUAACCCCAUCGACCAGGUCAACGCGCUGGUUGGCACCUACUUCGAGGUCAAGAUCCCUUCUGACACCUUCUUUGACAAAGAAGACGGGACCACAGACAAGCUGCGUCUCACUUUGAGGCAGAACCACAAUGAGGUGGUUGGAGAGGGCUCCUGGAUCCAGUUCAACACCACUAGCCAGCUCCUAUAUGGCCUGCCGGAUGUCCAACAUGUGGGCAAACAUGAAUAUUUCAUGCAGGCUGCUGACAAAGGGGGCCUGAAUGCUAUUGAUGCUUUUGAGGUCCGUGUGAACCGCUGGCCCACAAAUGAUAAGACCCCUGUGAUUUUCACGGCUCGCUUCGAUGGUGAGCCACGCUCUGUAACGAACGAUAUCCACAAGAAGAUUCUCCUGGUCAAGAAGCUGGCAUAUGCCCUCGGAGACCGAAACAGCAGCACGGUCAGUCUGAGAAACAUCAGCAAAGGCUCAAUCGUGGUGGAGUGGACCAACACUAGCCUGCCAACCCACCCAUGCCCCAAAGAGCAGCUCCAAGUCAUGAGCAGGACGCUCGCCAGUGCUGAUGGGAAACCCUCACAGACCUUCAGGUACUCCAUGGAGCCUGAGUUCAGACCACUGGACGUCAUGGUCAAAGGUCGUGCAAGCUGCAGGACAUAUUCCUUCAUCCCACCAGGAGAGAUCGACAUACCUGAACCUCCAGCAGUCACCCCGGCUUUGGGAACAGGCCGGCAGAGCACAGAUGAUGUCUACCUCCACACAGUUAUCCCUGCUGUGGUGGUGGCCGCCAUCUUGUUGAUAGCGGGCAUCAUUGCGAUGAUCUGUUACAGGAAGAAAAGGAAGGGCAAGCUGACCAUCGAGGACCAGGCCACCUUUAUCAAGAAAGGUGUGCCCAUCAUUUUUGCAGAUGAGCUGGAUGACUCUAAGCCCCCUCCCUCCUCCAGUAUGCCCCUGAUCCUACAGGAGGAGAAGCCCCCACUCCCACCCCCGGAGUACCCUAACAUGGCCACCCCAGAGACCACACCCCUCAACCAGGAGCUGCUGGGGGAGUACACAGCUCUGCGGGAUGAGGACCCCAAUGCACCUCCCUAUCAGCCACCUCCUCCCUUCACUGCCCCCAUGGAGGGUAAAGGUUCCCGUCCCAAGAACAUGACCCCCUACAGAUCCCCACCACCCUACGUCCCACCCUAAGACUUACCUUACCCUCCUCCCAUCAGGUGGAGGGGAAGGAUACCUGAGGAACUGUGACGGUUUCCACUCUGGUGUUUGUCAGUCAGGACUUUAACAGGGAGAGACGACAAGAGGUGCUAAAGUACAAAUCCUACAGGGGGUUCUGGUUUGGGGGGGCAGUCAUGAGUGGGGGGUGGGGGGAGGGGGUCAGUCAACAGGUGUGUGUUUGGUCAAACAGCUGGGUGGGACUACUUUUUCAGUGGUAGCCCAGCUACUGCAGUGGCCUAAGACAAACAAGCUCUCGUCACAUUGGCUCUCAGAGACCAUGUGGUCUGAGGUGACAAAUGGAGACCAGCUCUCCUUCCAGCAUUUCAUUUGGUUUGUUUCUAUGUUUAAAUUCUGGAUUUAUUUUAGUGAUUUCAUCUCCCCAACAUUUUUAUUUCGUUUGUUUCUGGACUGAACCGUCUGCCUAACAACUCAACAUUAUAUUUCUCUAAAAUCAGACAGUGAACUGCCAUCAGACCUCUGCAAGCAGCAACUGCUGAUUUCACAAGGAGACAGAGAUAUUAAAGGAUCUGAGUGUGUGUAUGUGUGUGAACGAGAGUGUGAGUGUCUGUGAGUGUGAGUGUGUGGUCAGGUUCAGUACGGUUUGCUUUUAACACUAGUCGUCUGUUUCUUAUCCACGUGUCUAGAAAAGAAGAGAAUAACAGGUAGCCUAAACAGAUUUAGAGGUGAAUAAUAAUCAUAUUUUUCUUUGUUUUUUUGGUUUAAAGCUCACUGUAUAUCUGGAAGAUGUUCUGAUAGAUUGUCUAAUAUUUUUUGGUGGCGGAGGAAGCACGUGAGAGGGACUGCCUCGCUGAAAUAACCUGCUGGAGCUUUGUGAUAUUUAAGACAAUAUUUAACCAAAAACAAUCCAAUCAGUUAAAUUUACUCCCACUCUGUUUUAAGGCUCAGGGUGGGAAGCACACACCAGUAGAUUUAUUCUCUCUGAGCACACACCAUCAGAUUUAUCCUCUCUGACACAACAGGGAAUGGAAAUCUGGAGGAAAUAUUCAGAUUCCAAGAUGUUUGAUAAACCUUCAGCUUCCUUGAAACAACUGCGCUAGCAUUUAGCUAUUUCCUGGCUGUCGCUGGAGUUUCAAAGUCAUUGGUUGAACCACUCAGUCUCCAUUAGAAAACACAGAUUCUCUCUCUGUCUCUUGUAGUCAGAUUGUAGUUUGUAUAAUGGUGGAAAAGUUAAGUUUGGAGCUCAUAACAGUUCAUAUUUUGACUCACAUUAAGUGUUGGUGUAACUUAAGCUCCACGGUUUUCCCCAGUCAUUCAGCACCUCCAUGAAAACAGGAACAGGAGCCCUCAGGUUGUUUUGGACCUUGGAUUGUUAUUUUUUUAUGACUGGAGGCAGUCCCUCUCCCUGUCGAGGAGAAACUUUGUGUGCCAUGGCCGUCCCUGAUGGGACUGUACAGAUAUUGGUGUUUGAGCUUCACAGGACUCACUGUGGCUCUGAUCCGAACUUCUCUGAAUUUGCAGUAAAUUAACUCUAAAAAGGCUCGAUGAAAAUCUCCUUCUAAUUUUUUUACACAGUUUUUGAUACAGCCUCAAAGGGUUUGAUUAAAUGAUUAGCCUUCAGUGAUUUGUAAGAUCUUAGCCUAGCCUUUCACUUAUGAUUCAGUUAUGUACACUUUGUUUUGGUUUUUGUCAUGGGUCACAUGUUUUAGUGUUUUAUUUUAAUCUGUGUGUGUUUGCAUAUCAAAUGUAUCUCCCACUAUACAAAGAUGAAAUGAUGGAUAUUUUAUGUACUCAUGAUUUACUUUGAUUUUUGUCCUUCUGUUUGCUAAUAAGUUUGACUGAAGUGACCCUUUGCAAUAAUACCGUUCGGCACAGUCGGCUGGUCCAGCCCUGCAGGCUCCAGCCCGUGACUCAUGUUGUCAUUAUAUUGUUGGUUUUUUGCAGGAUGCCAAGGCUUUUUUGCUUUUCGAGUGUGCAUUGUCAUAAUAAAACCAACUGGUACGAUGAAACCAAUCCUCCGCCGUCACUCAUCAUUUCUCCUUGCCUCGGGGUGUCUUCGGGGAUUUUUGCGUCCGUGGAAAAUGUCUCAUCCUGUCAUCCUCUGGAUCAGACCCUGACUGAUGUUUAUGGAUGAGCUUUUUGAUCACUGUCACUUUUCUGCUGCUCCCACUUAGCCUUGAAUUGAUAAAUCAAUGUGUCUGAAGCCCACAGGAGGUUUUAGCUCUGGAGACAGCUCGCUGCCUGGCAACCAUCUCCGGUCUCUGGACAUCCCGCUGUCCUUUUUUAUUCUGGAUUAUUCUACAUCUGAAUGAUGAGCGGGAUGAUUCAGUUUGAAAGCUGUGCCCAUUAAAGAGGCCAGGCUGUGAAAACACUCUCUCAGCUCCAUCAGCCCGUCCUCACUCUGCAUACAGAUCAUUUACAUCGAUUCCUCUGAAUAUCGAUCAGAGCGACACCAUUAGCAGUUCUGUAGCAGCUCUGAUAAUUCAGGACACACUUAACUUAGGAGAGCAAUGAUGAAUGAGUUCCUGACACCCUGUCUUUCUAAAAUAAGAAAAAACGAUCAUAGUAGUGACAUAGAUUAAUGAAGGUUUGCUUUGACUCAAUCUUCAGCUGAGACUGUUGCCAGGUCAGCCUCCGGGGAAGACUUUAUACGCAACAGCCAGCGCCUAUCUUGAAAACUUAUCGGAUAUCUGAGUCAGGGGUUUUCUGUUUUCUAAUCAUUAUUAUUAUUAGAGUAUAAAUGAAUGUGAGACCAGGCUGCAGAGUUCCAGCCCAGAGCCAAACUCCAAAAGACCACAAUUGUUAUCGAUUCAAAUAAGAGAAUCUGUAUUUAGAGAUAAGACUCUAAAUUACCCAACAAUAACAGUUGACAGGUUCAAGAAACCAAGAUUUGCCAAAUCGAUUCAAACUCUCUCUACACUGAUUGUGUUUCAGAAAAAAACUACAAUCCUCCAAAGCCAAGUCCUAAAAACUGCAGUUCCUCCAGUGUCCACUAUAGGCUGUGUCCUGCAGUGAGUCAGUGAGCCCUAUGGUUAGGCAGAAAAUCAAUGUUUACAGCCAGGUACUAAAACAGUUGAAUCUCUAACCUCACCUAGAUAUACCAGAUUCAGGAUUACACCCACAUAGUAACAAAAGACUCAGGACUAAACUUACCUAGGAACAUUAAAGUCAGUCGGAUGUAUCCACAUAAAAAAGCUCAGAGUUAAAAGCUUGAUGGGCAAGUAAUCAGCUGAUGGCGAUUUCAAGAAACAGAGGAAACCAGUAUGGUCCUGUACAGAUUCUGGUGUAAUAUGCAGAUCUUUAUUAAAGGGAUAUUCCGGCGUAAGAUUGAUUUAGGGCCAAACACACCAUAACACCGAGUUAGACACCCCCUCGAGUGAUGAAUGUUGCCGACUGCUUGCUUCUCUAGUUAUACCAACUUUUGUAAUGACCAAACAAUAGCAAGUCACAGCGGUCUAUGGAACCACACACAAACCACAAUCAAUACGGACUGCUGCAUGGUGAUGCAGCUCAAGGAAAAACGUUUAUGAUUAUUUCUUUAUCAUUUCCUUGAAGUUAUAAUCACCAUAUUAAUCAUUUUGCACUGCAGACCGAUAGUUCUUCUGCCUUCGUGUCUCAGUCUGAUUGCAUUUCCAUGAGGAAAGGAUCAUAAAUGUUCUCUCUUGAGCUGAGUCACCCCACUGCAGUCUGUAAUGGAUUUGCCCAUGGUCUUGCUACAAAUAAGCAGCUGCUGGAAGAGAGCAGGUGAGUUGUGUUUAGUCUCUUUGCUAGAGAAAUUAGACAAAGUUAAAAAGAUGUUAGGUGGCUAGUGGUAUGGCUGGGACCUUAUAUGUCCUGUUGAUGAAGUUACGUGCUGUUCUGAUCAUAUGUGGCUAUGGAGUGGCUUUUUGGUUGAGGUUUGUUUAUGGCUCCUCAGACCGCAGUGUAUUGCUAUCGUGUGGUCGUUACUUAAAUUGGUAUAACUAGAGAAGCAAGCAAUCGGCAACAUUUAUCUUUCAAGGGGGUGUCUAAACUCGGUGUUACGGUGUGUUUGGCCCUAAAUUAAUUUUACACCAGAAUAUCCCUUUAUGUCACGUUGGACCACAGAAAUGUCUUUAUCCUGUGACCUAAGAGAUGAACACGGGUGCAGAUGUCCAUCCCAGCUUGACUGAAUGUCCUCUAAAAUGACAGUAAAGACAGCGUUGUUAUUGUCCUUUAGUUCUUUGACUCAUCACAUUUCCUCCUCUCCCAGCACAGCAGCCCUCAGCGUUUCUCAUAGACUGAACUCUGUGUCUGAUGUGCUGAGAAUCUGAUCAGGAACAGUGUUAGACUAGAGAUGUGCUGAGUUUGCAUUUCACAAACAUAAUCAGUCGCCUUCAGAGAGCCAGACAUGCUCAAUCUAUCACAGCCAAGAUGUUAAAAUGAUUUGUAGAGCCAGUUUGUCCGCAGCCUGCAGAGAGGCAGCAACAAAACAGAGACAGGCUGAGGGAGGACCCAUAGAGAGACAUAGAUUGUGGUAGAUUGGUAGACUGCAGGGUGUACACAAGUGUAUAGCAGGUGUACAGCAGGUACACAUUGGGUAUACGCAGGUGUACACAGCAGGUAUACAAGGUGUGCAGUGGGUAAACACAGGAGGAAAGCAUGUAUACAGCAGGUACACAGUGUGUUUACACAGAUGUAGAUAUGUGUACAGAGUGUAUAGCUGGUAUACUGCUUUGUAUAUAACACUUUAAAUCAAUCUGAUGGGAAUCUUUCGGACGUUUUGCUGAAUUCUCUGCACGUUUUUAUAGGAUGGUGAAGCCAUGAGUCAUCUUACACUGUCUCUGAUCAGCUGGUACAUGUUGUUUCCUCUAUCUGUUUGUUGCUUCUCUAAGGUUGUCAUGGUGAACGAAUCAGAGGUAGAGUAAGGUAUGUCACACUUUCCCUGCUGCAGGGAUAUGAUUGCGGUACAGCCUGUCCUCCUGCGGU